AUGUCCGAGUCCAAUAACAAUACUGGUUUCAUGACUUGUGAAUUGAAAUUGGAUACCCGUUCCCCCGGAUGGCAUAAGACCAUGAUCAAAGUUUUGAAGAAUGUCAGUGGAGUAUCUUAUACCAUUGAUGCACAAGCCGGAAUAGCAUGUGUUUCGGGGACGGUGGAUCCGAGCACCCUUCUGACUUUAUUUGCAAAAGCAGGGAAGCAUGCAGAGCUGCUGAGGGUUCAUUCUGGACAACAUUAUCACUUCUCUGGUGUCAAACCUGUUGUUGACACUUACAACAACACACAUGGAAAUGGUUAUGGGACUAAUUACGAUCGCACUCAGGAUAGAACCCUUGCAACAACAACAGCCCACCACGUACACCACUACCAUCGGCCGCCGCCGCGGCCAGAAGACUCCCAAUGCUCCAUUCUCUGA